AUGCGCUCCACCCUUUUCGUCCUCUCCACUUUGACUGCCUCCGUUCUGACCGCACCAUCCAAACGUCCUUCAAAAUCCCGCCGAGAUGACUGCGUCCCACUCCAAGACACAGGUCUUACCGAAGUCUUCUCGGUAUGCAUCGUGCAACCGGCCGUUAGCGACGAUCAAUUCGGGGCGAUCUGUGAAGCUGAUGAGGAUCUUUGCGUUUUUGAAGAUGGGACAGUGCUGGAGAAUGUAUGCGUUUUGAUCGAUCCGGUUUUCUGUCCGGUCUAA